UAAUUAUGCGUCUUAUACCACAUAGUGGUUCUCCAAUACCAAAAAAAUCUCUUGAUCCUUAACAUUUCCAGAAUGAAAAGUUCCUUAGCAAGUUUUAACUCCCACUGCUAUCUGGCAAUCCAUGCAGUGCUUCUUGUGUUUCUAUUCUCAUUUUCUCUCAAAUAUGCUGCACCAGCUGCGUUUCAUGGCAAUGAAACUGACGAGCUUGGCUUACUUGGGUUCAAGUCCCAAAUAACUGAAGAUCCAUCAAGAGUUUUCGCCUCUUGGAACGAAUUUGUUCAUUUCUGUCGAUGGACUGGAGUAAAAUGUGGCCCGAGACAGGAAAGAGUCAUCAGUUUGAAUCUAAAAGGGCUGAGUCUGGCAGGUAUAAUCUCAGGCCAUCUCGGGAAUCUUUCUUUGCUAAGUUCGCUUGACCUAGCAGAAAAUUCCUUCCAUGAUAAAAUUCCUCCACAACUCAGCAGGCUGACAAGGCUCCAAUACCUGAAUUUGAGUUUUAAUUAUCUAACAGGGGAAAUUCCAGUUAAUCUAUCACAUUGUGUUAACCUCGGGAGCCUUGUUCUGGACCACAACAAUCUUGUGGGACAGAUUCCUCACCAAGUUGGAUCGUUAACGAAGUUACAGAAAUUGAAUUUCAGAAAUAACAACCUGACAGGAGUCUUUCCAGGUUCUCUUGGAAACCUUACAUCUUUAGAAGAGUUGUAUUUAACAUACAACAAUCUAGAGGGAGAAGUGCCAGCUUCUUUAGCUCAAUUGACCAAGUUGAGACUGCUUGGAUUGUCCGUAAACAGCUUAUCCGGGGAGUUCCCUCCUUCGCUAUACAAUGUGUCAUCCCUGGAAUUAAUAGCACUUUCAUUCAACAACUUUUCUGGUAAUCUCAGAUCCGAUUUAGGCCACUAUUUCCCUAACCUCCAAAGGCUUUACUUGGGAGACUGUCAAUUCAUUGGCUCCAUACCAUCCUCUUUGGCCAAUGCUUCAAAACUACUACAGCUUGAUUUCCCUGCAAACAAUUUCACUGGAACAAUACCUAAGGGUUUUGGUAACUUGCGGAAUUUGUUGUGGCUCAAUGUUAGGAGGAACCAUCUUGGAUAUGGCAAGCGUGACGACCUUGACUUUGUAAAUUCUCUUACAAACUGCAGCAGUCUACAAACGCUCCAUUUUGGAGACAACCAGUUUGUAGGUACAUUACCUCAUUCAACAGUCAACCUUUCUAGUCAGUUACAACGCCUACUCAUCUUCGGCAACAGAAUUGGUGGAGGCAUACCCAGAGAGAUCUCAAACCUGGUGAAUUUGAAUCUACUCGACAUGGGUAACAACAAUCUUACAGGUCGCAUUCCAGAUUCUAUUGGAAGACUUACAAACUUGGGAAGUCUCAACUUGGGUAGCAAUCUCUUGACAGGGGUAAUCCCUUCUUCAAUGGGAAACCUCACUGAACUCGUCUAUCUUUAUUUGCCACGUAACAAGUUAGAGGGUAACAUACCUUCAAUCUUGGGAAACUCUAACCAACUUUUAAGAUUGGACAUUUCUGACAACCACCUGACUGGAACUAUACCACAACAACUUGUUGCUCUCUCAUCCCUCACAAAAAUUUAUGCAUUUUAUAACUCUUUGACUGGUCCUUUACCGGUGUAUAUUGGUAACUGGAGCCAUCUCACCUAUCUUGAUUUUUCUUACAACAAUUUUUCGGGUAUGAUUCCACGAUCUCUGGGAAAAUGCUUGUCCUUGGGGGAGAUCUAUAUGAAGGGAAAUUCCCUCCAAGGGACCAUUCCCAAUUUAGAAGAUUUGCAGGAUCUCCAGUCCUUGGAUCUUUCCCUCAAUAACCUAUCAGGGCCAAUCCCUCACUUCAUUGCAAAUCUUACUUCCUUACACUCCUUGAACUUGUCUUCUAACAAUCUAGAGGGUGAGGUUCCUGUCACCGGAAUAUUUUCAAACUUGAGUGCAGAUGCAUUUGUUGGGAACUCCAAUCUUUGUGGUGGGAUUCAACAGCUGCAUUUACAACCUUGUGUUCAUCAAGAAACUCAAAAGACGCGGAAGAAGCAUGUACUUCCCCUCAAGUUUAUUUUGACAAUUGUUUUUGCUGCUACAUUUUCAAUCCAUCAGUGCCCAACACCCAUGAUUCACUGUGAUAUAAAACCACAGAACAUUCUUCUUGAUGAAGAUCUCACAGCUCAUCUGGGUGAUUUCAGUUUGGUGAGACUCAUUCCUGGAUUCAGUAAUGCACCGGAAUCACAUCUGUUUAGCUCACUUGGAGUUAUGGGAACCAUUGGCUAUGCAGCUCCAGAAUAUGGCAUGGGUAGUCAGGUCUCCAUUUUAGGAGAUAUGUACAGUUUUGGGGUUCUGAUAUUGGAGAUAUUCACUGGAAGAAGACCCACACACACACUGUUUCAAGCAAGCUCCAGUCUCCACCACUUCGUGGAAACAGGGUUGCCAGAGAAAGUAAUGGAGAUUCUAGAUAAAACAGUUUUUCAUGGUGAGAUGACCGAUGGAGAAGAAUACUGGGGCAGUAUCAAGAAAGAACAGAUGGAAUGCUUGGUUGGCAUACUUGAGAUUGGAGUUGCAUGUUCAGCUGAAUCACCAAGAGACAGAUUGACCAUGAGACAAGUUCACAGUAAGUUGACACUAAUAAGAGAAAAAUUUCUAGCGGCAGAAGAUGUACGAAGAGGAGAUUGAAGCCACAAGCUACAGGUGAAAGCAUUGGAUUCUAAGCUAAUCUUACAUUCUGUCCAUUUGGUAAGAAAAUGCUGUACUCUUACAUAAAAAAUUGAAGCCUCUGUAGUAUUUUCAGCAUGCAGAAGAACUAAGGUAGUAUCAGUUUUGUUGAUACUUAAUGGCUUUAGUUUACGAACAUCAGAUGCUCCUAAUUUCUACAUUAGGAAUUAAAGAUUCCGAUGCAUAUAGAAAACCACGGAAAGGUAGAUACAGCAUAUCCCCGAAGUUGAUAAAACUAGCUAAUGCAGGUAAAUGAUGGAGAACUAAGCAUCUACAGAUGUUUGAUUCAAUCACCGUAUUGCCUAAUGAUAUUCAUACAAAUAAUAAAAAUUCAAAUCUCUGUUUAAUUAGCAAUUUUCAUCAACAAGAAACUGAAGAUUAGGUAAAUUUAAACAUCCUCUGAGGGUUAGAAUUUGCAAACAAAUCACGAAAUUUCUGCUGUUAGCAAAUGCAACAUCAUUGUCUUUGAUUAUUGCUCCGGAUCUCGUUAAUGGGAAAAAAAUAUUUACUACUAAAAGGUAUGUUAAGCGCGUGUAAAUCAGAGGAUACUCAUUUGGUUAACUAUGUCACGUCAGCACUCAGGAAUAUUUACUCAACUUUGAAAUAGUUCGGAAUAGUAAGACCCAUAAAGGAAAGGUGUGUCUCUAGAAUUUCAAUCAUAGAUCAGCAGAUACUUAUGUCUGGAAAGGUGGGAAAUUGCUUGUACUUUCUUUAGUCCACCCAAGUCACUUUUACGGCUAGAGUUAUGCACAUAAGUCUCAGUUGGAAUAAACAUGAGAUUUUACAGUUUUCUGAGGUAAUUGAGGCUGAUGUGUAUAACAAGUGACAUGUUUCAAGCAAUAACAUACCUACGUAAUAAAGCACUUGACAAUAUGCGAAAAACAGCAUAGCUCAAACCUAGAUACCAAUUGAUGAUGGAAAUGUUCAACCAAGUGAACAAACGCCUAACUCCUUUGAAUUUUCUCUUCAGGGGUUCACUAUAUGCAUUUUGAAUCUAAGUAAAAAUUUAUUUUGGGCAACCGCUGCACAUUUCAAGCUAUGUUGCUCUGACUCUUCAAAAAUAUCAGUGGGUGCGUGUUGGACUCUCCAAAAGUAGUGUAUUUUUGGAGAAUCCGACACGGGUUCUGCAUCGGAAGUGAAGAGUCCGUGCAACUUAGAUUUCAAGUGUUGAAGGCCAAUAAAUGAAUGAUCAACUCUAGGACAAGAAUAACUCAUGUGUGUCUAGAAUCUGGAAAAUCACAACCUUUUAGAAGUAUUGACACCCUAACUAUUGAUCCUGCCUUAUGAUAUCCUAUGAAGUCUGAUUGAAUUUUUCAGUAAAGUCAUUGAGCCGUAUUCAAAACGUCGUGAAACAGUUCCUAUGUUCAGUGUGAACAUUAAUGCAUUGAUAGGACUUUUUCGUAAAUACUAAGUAGUCAAGUACAGAACCAAUAACUACUGAUUAAAUACAAAAGAAUACAUAUAUAUACAGAGAGAGAGAGGGGCAUUCAGAAGGACAUGAACUCGAAUAGUGAAAUACGAGUGGAUGGGCAUAAGUCCAAUUCGGCAUCACCUAAAUCCUAUAAAUAGGAAAUACAAACAGAAAUAUGAGACUUAACACUUAACAUGCAAAGG